AUGCCUGGCACCAUUUACAUUCGACUUCUCCAACUCACUAUUCUGCCGGUUAUUUCGGCCAACAUUAUUUGUGGUAAGCUUUUUUGACUCUCUCCCCGUGGAAUCAUUCCUAAAAAGUAUUGUAUGCUUCAAUUUCCCCCUUUGUGUCUUGCUAGAAUUUUCAGUUAAUGGGUCUCCAAGACUGUACCUGCAAUCCAUAGUCGUAUAUUUUUGACAGCGAAGGCGUAGUAUUUAGGACGUUACGUUUCCCACACUAUUAAUCUAAGCUCAAAAUACUAGAAAUCUUACCAAACCAUUCCGAUGUCUGUUUUAACCGCUGGAUGCAGCAUAAAAGGCAGUAGUCUAUAUGACUGUGUUUGAUUCAACAGUGGGGUUAUGGGUGCCUUAAUUCUCACCGGAUCUGCUGUGUUUCGCUGAUACAAAAGUGACGCGUUUUAGGAUUCCGAAGCCAGCACACUUCUUCCAGCCUUUUGUCCGAGGACAAUGUGCGAAUCUUUCCCAUCAUACUACUAAAUCGCCGAAUCAGAACGCGUUUAACCAACUUCAACACUGACGCAAACUGUGCACAAAUGGGCAUUUAAGUUACCCUAGUGGGUCUACGCCGGAUGGGUGCGAGCGCAACUGAGGAGAUACGAUAAUUUUUUCUACAAGAAAACUGUAAGGCUGAGGAGAACAAGAUAGCCACUCUAUAGUUGCUGCUCUAAAAUCUUAGGAAAUAUUCAUAAAGUGCACUUCAUGAUGGAUUAUUAGCAUAAAACACCGAGUUUGGUAAAUGAUUCCGCAGUCCACUUUUUAACCGUAAACAGUAGUCCUUUAAAUUAUCCCAACGGCGUUGUUUUUAUUAUUUCUGCAUUAUAUGAAAAUGAUGAAUUUAAAAUAAGCCUCGCAUCACCUUAAUUUUACGUUGCAAAGUCAUGGCCGGCAUGGAUCCAAAAGAAAAUGGGAAGGUUGGAGUCGCCGCUAUGGGCUUCAUAGUUGGUAUGGAUAUUAUCAGUGGUGCCAUCGGUGUGAUUGCGGCUGUCCUCAUAAAGCCAGGUAAGUGCUAGUUUUUUGAACUGUAUGAAGACUUUUAUUAAUAUUGUCUUUAGGAAUUUGUAAGAAUCUCUGCUCAGAUGACAAAAGCACGCUUAAUUUCACGGCGGCGCACACAGUAACUAAUUUGCUGUAGCUGACCAUGUGACUGCAAAGUAAUAUUUUGGAGGAAGAUGUAAUCCUUUUAGUUGCUUGACGUGAUAUUUCCUUAAUUAAAUAACACAUUUUAUAUAGAAGUGGAUGUUACAUCGGCUUUUAUAGUGUGAAUGGCAAUAAAAUAUGCCAUCUCAACAUCGACACUUGAACGAACCAUGUAUGAGAACACAAUAAUGACAUUUGUGCGACCAGCAAAUAAAGUCUAAACACAAGUUAAUGAAAAAUACUUUAAAAUU